CAUGCUCAAGAGCGGAGCAGCCUAAAGACGCACCGCGCAAGCGCACGCACGUUUGCGGACGUCGCACGCACGGCACGGGACGGUUGCUGAUAUGAAGGAUCCUGACCUAGUUCUUCGCAAGGUGUCAGCGUUGCAGGCUGGUAUCCGGGGCUUUUUGGUCCGGCGUCAAUUCCAGAGCCUUCGAGCUGAGUAUGAAGCAGUUGUACAAGAGAUCGAGGGAGACCUCAGCACACUUCAGUGGACCAGGGGCUGGAUUCCCAAGCCCAUCUUUCUCCCAGAGGCAAAAUUUCAUCGCUCCUGGAAAGCAGAGAAAGUACCAAACCCAGAGCAGAAACUCUGCAGCCAUCUCCCACUUAAAGACUCGGGAAAAGAUGGCCUUGUGGAAGACAUGCUGAAGGAGGCAGGAGGGAGCCCAGCAAAAGCAGGAAGUCUUUGCCGAGAUGACUGCCCCUGGCCUCAGCCUGAGCAGGGCAGGAAAGCCAGAGAGAGCUCCCUGCCUGUGGGGAGCAAUGCAGUCACAGAUUUAGGAUUGUCCCAGAGUCAACAAGAACUCCAGGACCAGCGUAACCAUUUGGCCAUGGAACUGCUGUGGCUACAACAGGCCAUCAACAGUCGAAAGGAGUACCUAAUUCUCAAGCAAACACUGAGAUCCCCAGAAGCAAGCCAGACCAGAGACCAGCCUAACAUGUGCCUGGACCACAGGGGACAGGCCUGUGAGAAGAUGUGGUUGCAAUCAAGCUGCCUCCCUAAGGACCUUCUAAGAGACAGGAUCCUAGGAAGGCCAUGCCAUGCAGAUGAUUCCUGCCAGGAGGGCAGCCCGCAGCUCCAGAAAUCCCCAGACAGUCUAGCCUGUACAGGCAAAUAUGUGGCUGGGGCAAAGGGCUGGGAACUAUACUAUAGGAAGGCUGCAACACAGCUGGCUCCAGCAUUAGAGAGCCAGGUUGGAGGGGACCGGGUUAUCAAAGGGCCAGACCACAGAGGACAGGCUGUUAAUGAAACCUCCCUACAGCAGUUGAAACACGUAGAGGGUCAGACCCCUGAGGACCCCAGGUCUAGGAGUCCUUGUUCUAGCAAGGCCAUGACACAGCUGCCCACACUCUGUGAGAAUCCAAAUACUGAGGAUAAAUACUCCAGAAAGCCAACCUACAAAGAGACUGACUGUCACAGAGCCAGGCCACAUGAUUUGAUUAUCUCAGAAGGCCACAUUUGGGAUGGGACAUCAGCAGGACUGGAACAAGGUAGCUUGGCUCUCAGAAGGACUAAACCACCCAAGAGCCAGUACCCCAGUGCUAGGAGUUCCAGGCAUGUUAGCAAUGAGCUCAGUCAGGAAGGAUGGGAAAACCAGAGGACUCUCCUGUGGAGAUGAAGAUCUCUGAAGAAUUUGUCUUCCACAAGAGGACCAGUGGAGGGGCAGACCAUGAGAAGCAGGGCGUCAGGCAAGGGGAUCCAGGAGAGGAAUAGGUUCCUAAAGGGGAUGCUAUGAAAAAGUCAUAAGGGACCUGAUGCCACCUCUAUCUCCUGUCCUCGCUCCUGGCCAUUGGCAGCUUUCAGGCUGAGCUGCAGGGUUGCGCUGGCACAGGAGAAAGAUGAAGGGCAUACCCUUUUAUCCUCUGCCUGUGGAUUAAUCCAAAUUUCACCUUAUCUUAGGGUAAGUAAGGUGGGAGGAUCGUGGGGAAUAAAGGUUUUUCUUGGGUUAUAAA